GCUGGGGCCGGGUCGGGGAGGUGACUCUGGCUUGCAGCAGCCUCGCUCUGGGAGACCCCGGGGUGAAAAGUGCGAGCUAGAGGAGCCAGGCUGGUUAAUGAGCCGCCGUAGCAGACAGCGAGCGAGGGGAGAGCGGCGCCCGCCCGCCCGCGCAGGGCCAGGAACCUUCGCCUCCCCAUCCGCUCCCCCCGUCACCCGGGCGGCGCCCUGCGGGCUGCUCGGCCCGUCUCCCCGCGCCUCCGCCCAGGGGCCCAACAGCGCCCGAGCCGCGCCCCCAGGCCCUGCCGCGCUGCUGUCCCCGGGGCUGCCGCUCCUCCCUCCCCCGCCCCUGAGCUCCUAUGGCAACCGGCCGGCGCGUCCCGCAGCCGGGCUGGGCGCGGCCGGCAGAGGCGGCGGCAUGAGGGAGGCGGCCGGGGAGCAGCAGCAGCAGGAGCCGGCGCCCGGGGAAGCGGGAAACAGCGUCUGUGCGGAGCCGGCGGGGAGCGGCCACUGCAGCCAGCCCUGGAAGAAAUUUGUAUAUGUUGAGCCACCUAAGAGAGUUAAGGAAGUACUUGAAGAAGAGCUUUAUUUUCGGAGAGAUGGAUGCCAAAUUAAACAUCCAGCUGCAGUGGCUCUGGAAGGAAUAUGGAGUGUGAAAAGAAAUUUCUCCGUGGGAGGCUUGAAGCCAGCAUCACAGAACAGAAACAGUUUACUUUCACAGCCCAAGUACUAUUCCAGGCACGGAGGAAUAAGAAGAUAGCCCCAAUGAAAAGCAACAACUGUCUUUCUGGAGGACGUGGGUCAGGGCAGGCACCUCCAUGUGUUACCAAACCUACGAUUAUUUUGUUCCAGCAAACUCAAAGUACCACAAUAUAGACCAUGUAUUAUAUUUUGUACAAUAAAAUAAUAAAGCCAUCUGUAUUGGCACCUGAUCAGCUCUAAUGACAGAGCACUCCAGCUAGAAGGUGUUGAAUGUGUAAAGGCGUGAUUGCCAAACCUGUCUAGUUGCAGGCAUUGGCAGGUACAGAUCAGCCACUCAGGUUUAUUGAUGUUUUUUGACCUCAGAUUAACAUAUUGGGCAAAUAAUCUUGUACUAAGGCCUCGGCUACAUAGAAAAAUUGUAGCAGUAUAGUUAAAGUGGCACAUUUCCCCUAGUGUGGAUGCAGUUAUAGCCAUAUAACGUGCUUAUCCCAGUAGAACUUUUUUCCAUAUGGGAAGGGGCCUGGGGAAUAAGCAAUAGUGAUAUAAGACACCUUUAUACUGGUAUAACUGUGUCCACACUAUAGGUUAUACUGGUAUAGCUAUUUCAGUAAAAUAUCACACCCAAUAUCACAUGCAAUAUAGGAGAGCGACAAGGGAGACCAAAGUAGGAAAGAGCAAAAGAGGAGGAAUAAGGGGACAGAGGCAACCUAGGGGGAACAAGCAAGGUAGAUAACAGAACAGGGGGCAAAUAGGAGAGAGGCAAAGAAGGAGAGGGAGGUAGAUGCUGCUUUUCAGGAGAAGGAAAGAUUCAAAUAAGAAAAUUAAAUAGAAAUGAGGGAAAAGCAAUAAAAUGGAUAAGAGAAGAGGAGGUUGGAAGAGAGGGAGAAUCAAGAAAAGAUGCCUACAAUGCGGACUUUAGUGAAUUUCCUGUAUUUAUUUCUGCUGCUAUAUUUUAUUGUCUUUCCUUGACAUUUGUCUUGUGGCCUGAAUUUUCAAAAGCAAUUACGUUUUGGGUGCCCAACUUGAGACACCUUAGAGGGGCCCGGUUUUCACAAAAUGCUGAGCACCUGCUCUGUCAAAAUCUGGGCCCUUUUUGGUGUCUCCAAUUGGCCGCUCCAAAUCACUAGUCACUUCUGAAAAUGUAGGCCUGUCCAUCAAAAGUGUUGGGGAAAGUGAUGGGGUCACUGUUCUGCUCAAUUGUUACUGAACGUUGUAUUUCUUAGUCACCUGAUAUUACUGUAACAUCCAUGGCUGAGCUAAAAGGAAACCUGCAUGUAUCUUGGACAGCACAUCAGUUAGGAACUCCACAAUACAAGACGCAUUUACCACAUGUGAACAGUGAAAUGUAUUUGAAGGUAAAGUGUAAUUAAUGCUGGUAUUUUGGCCCUCUUUUUGGCAAUUUUACUGUAAAGUGAUACCAAUCCCUACAGCAAGAUUAUAAAACAAUUGGCAAUUGUUUUAA